GUGUACAUUCAGACUUCGAAUCAUCUGCGAUUUUAGAUAAGGCCAGUGGUGGUUGGUUGAGUCAUUUCCCCUUUUGACUCUCUCUUUCACCUUUUCUUAUAUCAUCAUCAUCAUCAUCAUCAUCCUUCCCUGUACUUCUCCUCCGUUCAGUCUCUUCCGAAUUCAUCUUCAAGAUCGAUAAUUGUUGCAUUGGCAUUGGUGGGUUGAUCCAAAGCUGAUAUUUGAUGGGAUCUGAAGGGCCACCCGCCAUAACAAUCCAUGUUACCGGGUUUAGAAAAUUUCAUGGAGUAGCAGAAAAUCCAACAGAAACGAUUGUGAGUAACCUUCAAGAUUAUAUGAAGAAAAAGGGCAUUUCAAAAGGGUUCGUCCUGGGAAGUUGCACUAUUCUUGAUACUGCAGGCCAGGGAGCCGUCACUGCCCUCUACGAAACAUUGCGAUCUUCUCUGAACAACACUACUUCUGAUCCAUCAAAUUCCAGAAUUAUUUGGGUACAUUUUGGAGUUAAUAGUGGUGCAACAAAGUUUGCCAUAGAGAAACAAGCUGUUAAUGAGGCUACCUUUCGCUGCCCAGAUGAGAUGGGAUGGAAGCCACAGAAAGUUGCCAUAGUGCCCAUUGAUGGUCCAAUUUCACAAAUAAAACAGACUUCCCUUCCGGUGGAGGACAUCACGAAAUCAUUAGCAAAGAUGGGUUUUGAAGUGAUGUGCUCGGACGAUGCGGGUCGGUUUGUUUGCAAUUACGUGUACUAUCAUUCUUUGCGGUUUGCGGAGCAAAACGGACUAAAAUCGCUAUUUGCACACGUCCCUCUCUUCUUAACUAUAGACGAGGAGACCCAAAUGCAAUUUGCUGUUUCUUUAUUAGAGGCAAUUGCCUCUACUGUAUGCUAGUCCUCCUUCAUGUGUUUCUUCUUGAUUCCUAUCUUGUAAGCCCUUCCUCUGUACUUUUGUGUGUGGCCUAUGUAUUUUCAUGUAAUAAAUGGUCUCAGAUGAAUGACAAAUAACAUUGUUGUAUACCUCAAACGGCUCAAAGUUGUCUCCACACUGGUUUGGAAGUUUGGGCUUUGGUUUCUUUGGUCUGUUUUGUUACUAAAGGAUACUCCCUCUGGCCCUAAAUAAUAAUUCUCUUUCUCCGAGUCUUGCUAAGCAAUGACGCUUUGUGAAUAAUAACUCGAAAUGGUC